CACUGGCCACUCCACCUCAUUGGCAAGGAUGGUUCAACCAGCCAUCAAGCAAUCGUUUCUAUUCUCGAUCCAAUAAACGGCAGUAAGAUGAAUGAAACCUUUGUCACUCACAAACCAGAGACCUUUCCAGCUUUCCUAACAGAGGGGAGCACCGGCCCGGUGGAAAAGCAAGAGAAAAAUCGACUUCUUCAAAAGGAGACCACUAUCUUCGGCAAAUCAAAUAUAGAUCGAGUCAUGAAGCAGGCUCACUACCUGGAAAGCGUAGAUCGGCACCGGCAACUCAAAUGAAUAUCCCCUCCCCUGUGGGAUCGAGUUUCUAGGGCUUGCUUGACUUGAGGAAACCACUAUCUAUGACGACUCAACCGACAAGCUCACUUGCUUUCGAUCGAGAUGGAUUUCCAGGGCAGGGCCUAUUCCCUUAACUUACAAGAAAAUGCGUAUUACAAUGAUGUGAUGAUUUAGGUUCUCUGGCGUAUUGUGCAUGCCAUGAUUGAGGAAUCAACGAUCCAUCGAGGCGAGGCUAUCUAUAUAGUACUGGAAUAGGGGCAAGCCCGGCACACUUAAAGCCAUUCCAACAAUCUUAUUCGUCGUAAGCCCUUCUAGCAGGAGCUGAGUAAAGGUCCGCUCAAGGCCAUGGAAAGGCAGAUAGUACUUGAUACAGGACGAGCCCAGUCUCUAUCUAGUACGAUAUUCUGGUAUGUUUCACUGAAUUGGCAUUUCUAGAUACCAAACAAGUAAAAAACAGCAAGUUAGUUAGCUCAGUUGGCAUAGGCGAAAAAAAGAAAAGGAAUCAACGAUAAAUCGGGGAAAGAGCCGCAAGCGCGAUAUCAUCUCUAUAUAGGAAAAAUGGAUUUUUCUUAUUUUAUAAAGUUAUGGGACCCUGGCUUUAAAAUCUUUCUUUUUUCUCGGCUCGAAAGAGAAAAAUCAAAGUCAGGUAGCCGACGAAAACCGAAAUAGCACAGAUACAAAGUAAAGAAAGUAUACACGCGAUAAUAGAUAGAUAUAUAUUAUAUAUAAUGUUAGAAGGAGCUAAAUCAAUAGGUGCCGGAGCUGAACUCGUAUUCAGAGAUGGAGGAAAUCAAGUCUCAUGUUGCUCCUCAGAAAAUGCGUAUAGUAUAUAGUAAUAGUAAUAGUAAUAGUAAUAGUAAUCUCAUUGGCCCACUAGAUAAGGAUGGGACAAACGCUCUAGUGUAUGCGAAACGAGCAUUGCGUUUUGUCCGAGAAGUUCGUGAAAGAGUGCUCGUUACAUCAAAAGAGAUGGCGAUGAUCUGUCAAAUCGACAUUGUGUCGGUGUUCAGUCUCCCGCUCCUGUUCUCAACUAUACUAUGGCUUUCGUUACUAUACUAUGGCUUUCGUUGGGUAGAGCACGGGAGAAUAAAGUCUAUAGUGUAUGCGUUACUGUACUGGGAAGCUAGCAUUUUUGCUUGUCAUGGAAUCAAGUCUAUUUGUUCGAAUGUUCUUUUUUUCGUUUCGUUGGAAAAACCAACGCCGACGAUUCGUCAAGAAUGGAUCAGUCUAGUCUCCUUUCUCUUUUGGGAGCAGAGCUGAAAAAGAUGGAAUUGUCAAGUACGAUGAUAUUUUUAUUAACGGAUAGAAAAAUGCUAUUAUCAAGUAGUAAACCCAUUAUGAUUGCAACUCGUGGGAUGCCUGGAAUCCCACUAAAUCGAGAAUCGGAAUCGGUGGAGGAUGUGCAUAGGGUACUCCGAGCCCUCCCCUUAUUUAGAGAAAUGGAAGGUAUCUUGCGUGAGAGGAACCUGAAUCUCCCGUCAGUACAGGAAAUAAGCGCUUUCCGUGUGAAUCUAUUCUCUGGUAUCCGGCGUGAGAGUGCGAUUGCGGACUACGACGCUUUUUGGCGCUCCUUACUCGAGGAGAUUCACACACCUCAGGGACGUAGUUGUUUUGGUCAGAGAAUACAAGAUCUGCACGCCCGAAUGUCUGCCGAGGGCAACUGGGACUACUUGAUUGCCCAACAAGGCAGAGGGUAUUUUGGUAACCUACCUAAUCUCAACAGCCCGUUGGAUCAAUAUCAAUUUGGAAUUCACCCAAUUCUGGAUCUGAAUAUUGGUGAGUACUAUGUCUCAUUCACAAAUCUAUCCUUGUCUAUGCUACUCACUCUCGGUUUGGUCCUACUUCUGGUGCUGCCAAUGAUUCUUCGUUCAUUAGAAUGUCGAUUCCUCACAAUCGCUCUUUGUGAUGCUGCGGAACCAUGGCAAUUAGGAUCUCAAGACGCAGCAACACCUAUGAUGCAAGGAAUCAUUGACUUACAUCACGAUAUCUUUUUCUUCCUCAUUCUGAUUUUGGUUUUCGUAUCACGGAUGUUGGUUCGCGCUUUAUGGCAUUUCAACGAGCAAACUAAUCCAAUCCCGCAAAGGAUUGUUCAUGGAACUACUAUCGAAAUUAUUCGGACCAUUUUUCCUAGUGUCAUUCCAUUGUUCAUUGCUAUACCAUCGUUUGCUCUGUUAUACUCAAUGGACGGGGUAUUAGUAGAUCCAGCCAUUACUAUCAAAGCUAUUGGACAUCAAUGGUAUCGGACUUAUGAGUAUUCGGACUAUAACAGUUCCGAUGAACAGUCACUCACUUUUGACAGUUAUACGAUUCCAGAAGAUGAUCCAGAAUUGGGUCAAUCACGUUUAUUAGAAGUUGACAAUAGAGUGGUUGUACCAGCCAAAACUCAUCUACGUAUGAUUGUAACACCCGCUGAUGUACCUCAUAGUUGGGCUGUACCUUCCUCAGGUGUCAAAUGUGAUGCUGUACCUGGUCGUUCAAAUCUUACCUCCAUCUCGGUACAACGAGAAGGAGUUUACUAUGGUCAGUGCAGUGAGAUUUGUGGAACUAAUCAUGCCUUUACGCCUAUCGUCGUAGAAGCAGUGACUUUGAAAGAUUAUGCGGAUUGGGUAUCCAAUCAAUUAAUCCUCCAAACCAACUAAACCGGGGAAGCUGAAGCGGAAAUGCAAUUCUCGGGUGAGGGAAGGCUUCGCUCGCUCGCUCAAAAAGCUCUAACGCUCGUUUACGAGUGGAGUGCAUAAGCCCUUAUUGAAGUAGGGCGAGGCCUUACUACACGAGCUCGUAAGUAAAGCACGGAACGAGCCUUGUCUACGAAGCUUCGCUUCAUCAUCUUGCUUGCUUCUGCCGAAGCUUAACGCACUAUAACAUAGGCAUGCAUGAUGGUAUGGUAGGAAGACUCCUUUUAAGGCCGACCACUACAUAGGAGCGAUAGGAAGCCAAGCCGUCAAAAGGAAAGGCGAGCAGCCCUUAUUGCAAUAGCAAACGGCCUACUUAUAGCCCUAUUUAUACCCUUUA